AUGAUCUGUCCGUGGUUUCAUUUCGCUGCAAUACUGCUGCUGGCAGUAGUCUCACAGCUCGGCGCCGCAAAGUCCAAUGGACCAGAAAUAGCCUCGAAGGCGCUCGACGCGCUGCCGGGGGUACCGUUCUACUUUAAAAACUCCGACACUGUCCUCUUCCAGAAUCUAGAGACCAGAGAGGUGUACCGCUCCCGCGACGGCGGCGUUGAGUGGGAUGUUAUCAAGGAUGAAGACGGGGAAACACUGGUUGCCGCGCGAUGGAUCGAGCUGCAUCCGUGGGACAAGCAAAAAGCGUAUAUUGUUGGCGAAAAAAGUGGCCUUUAUUGGGUCACGACUGACCAGGGAGAGACGUGGCGGCGUUUCCAAUCGAAUGGUGGUCCGUCGCUCAUUAAAUCGGAUCCGUACAUCUUCAGCUUUCAUGGGAAGGAUUCCAGUAAGGUGAUUUUGCAUCAGGCUGAGUGUGCGGGGUAUCACUGUAUCGAGGUGGCGUUUUAUACUGUGGAUGAUUUCAAGACGAUCGCGCCGCUGAGGCAGAAUUCGAAUGGCUGCUUGUGGGCUGUUGGGACGCCUCAAUUCGCGCCAGAUGUUGCUGACGAAUUCUCCGACCGGACGUUCUGUAUUGUGCAUGGACUAAAGAGCUUCUUUCCCGAUGACUGGCGGCUGGUACAAUCGGAUGACUUUUUCAGCGAUAACGAUGAUGGGCUGGAAGUGAAAUUGAAUAACGGGCGUCCUAUCUCCGGUGUCAACAACAUGGCGUCUGUCAAGAAAUUCUUAGUGGCCGCUGCUAAAUCUCAAGGCACUGAUGAACUUGCCAUGUUUGUUACGGAUGAUUCGCAAGAAUGGCAUCGCGCUGAAUUCGGGAAUCACAAGAUCGAGCAGGACGCGUAUACUGUUCUGGAAAGCACUAAUUACAGCAUCCAAAUCGAUGUCAUGAACACGAACCGCGAGGUUCGCAUGGGUGUCCUCUUCACGUCUAAUUCCAACGGCACCUAUUUCACACGCAAUAUCGAGCAUACAAACCGUGACGAAAGGGGUAUCAUAGAUUUCGAAAAGAUUGAAGAUGUGCAGGGUAUUGUGUUGGUCAAUGUGGUGGACAAUUGGGAAGAGGUCGAGAAGAAACAUGGCAAAGAUAGGAAAGUUGUUAGUAAAAUCACAUUCGACGAUGGACGGACUUUUCAGCCUUUGACUGUCAAGGAUGACCAUUUACAUCUGCAUUCCGUCACCAAUGAGAGGAACCUGGGUCGUGUGUUUUCUAGUCCUGCGCCUGGGAUUGUCAUGGGAGUGGGAAAUACCGGCAGUCACCUCAAAAGCUACGAACAUGGCGAUCUCUACGUCUCAGACGACGCCGGUCUGACCUGGCACAAGGGCCUUGACAAACCGCACAAGUACGAAUUUGGAAACAAGGGCGCCGUCAUAAUGGCAAUUAAAGACGAUGGCAAACCAACAAAAAAGAUCCAAUUCUCUAUCAAUCAUGGAAAAGAAUGGGAAACUGCAGAACUGCCUAAUGAGAUCAUUCCCUACUUAUUGACAACUACUCCAGACUCGACGAGUUUUAAGUUCCUUCUUGUCGGUUCCGACAAAAAGCAGUGGUAUGUGUUCAGCAUCGAUUUUAACGGUCUCCAUGAACGGAAAUGUGAAGAGAACGAUUUAGAGAAAUGGCCAGCCCGGUUGAACGAGGAGGGGGAGCCUGAUUGUCUCAUGGGCCACAAGCAAUUUUACUACCGCCGGCGGUCGGAUGCGAAUUGUUUCAUUACUGAGAAUCUCUUCCAGGACGCGAAUCCUAUCUUCGAGCCAUGCACAUGCACUGCGGAAGACUUUGAGUGUGAUUACAAUUUUGUUCGCUCGGAGGAUGGGAAGGAAUGCAAACCGGCUGUCCCUCUGGAGACUCCUGCGGGUGAAUGUAAAUCGGACGAUGCAACUUUCAAAGGCCCUUCAGGCUGGAGACUCAUCCCAGGAAAUGCCUGUCUUCGCGAAGGGGGCGAGCAGCUUGACAAAGAGAUCGACAGGUCAUGCAAAGAAGCCACCAAAACGCCAUCAAAUGAUGCUGCUGAAAUUACUUCUCAGAUCACUACCUUUGAAGCCGAGGCGUUCGGUCAGCAUUUUUACUUGGAGCGAGUCAGUAGUAGUGGAGGACAUGAUGAAACGAUCGUUAUGCGGACUAUCGAUAGCAAGGCCUGGCUUACUCGUGAUCACGGAAAGACUUGGGAGCGGAUUCUCAAGGAUGGUGCAAAAAUUCAAGAGAUUGUCCGUCAUCAGUAUAUAAACGAUGUCGCCUAUUUCCUGACUGACGACGAAAAGCAAUAUUUCACGGUGAACCGUGGGGACACAUUCGCUUCAUUCUCGGCGCCGGCAAUGAGGAACUUGAAGGGCGAACCUACAUUGUUCUUUCACUCAAAGUUCAAAGAUUAUUUAAUAUGGACUGGCCCUGACAACUGUAAGAAGAGUCACUGUCCGAAAAAUGCUUAUAUCACCAAACACCGAGGAGAUCACUGGGAUAUUCUGGCGCGAGUCGUGGAGAAAUGUGAGUUCAUGGCCAGGGAAGACCGGAAAGAUAGCGACAAACUUGUCUUCUGCGAUCAGUACGAAAAUGAGGAACCCGAUAACAGGCGCGUCCUUACCAGAAGCGUGGAUAAUUUCUUUGCUACCUUCGAUACACCGGUAACUGAUAUUGUGCGGUUCGCUACCAUGUCGGAAUUCAUCAUUGUAGCCGCGCACAAUCCUGAUAACCCCGACUCUCUCAAGGCUGAUAUCAGUGUCGACGGCAAAGAAUUCGCCGAUGCUGAGUUUCCGUAUAAUCUCAAUAUCCCGGUGCAAGAGGCGUAUACGGUGCUGGACAGCUCAAGCCAUUCGAUCUUUUUGCAUGUCACCGUGAAUAUCAAGGAGGGUCAGCAGUAUGGCUCAAUCAUUAAGAGCAAUAGCAAUGGCACGUCUUAUGUCUUGAGUAUCAGUGGUGUCAACCUGAAUAAAUAUGGUUAUGCGGACUUUGAAAAGAUGCAGGGACUGGAAGGUGUGCUUCUAGUCAACGUUGUCGACAAUAUCGAGGGGGUGGAUAAAGGAGACGAAAAGAGACUGCGAACCAUGAUCACACAUAACGACGGUUCUCAGUGGCAGGCUCUGCCGGCCCCGGCGAAGGAUUCUGAAGGCAACGCUUAUAACUGCGAUGCAAACUGCGCUCUCCACCUCCAUGGAUACACUGAAAGAAGUGACCCUCGCGCGACAUAUGCAUCGGCAUCUGCGGUUGGCCUCAUGUUUGGCGUCGGCAAUGUUGGUGAGGCGUUGGGAAGUAAGGCUGACGGCAGUACUUUCUUCACCAAGGACGCGGGCAUCACCUGGAAGGAGGUUAAGAAGGGUGUUUAUAUGUGGGAGUACGGUGACCAGGGCUCAAUUUUAGUUCUUGUCGAAGAACUCAAACCCACACGAGUUAUCUACUUCAGCAUGGACGAGGGGGAGACGUGGGAAGAAUACCAGUUUUCUGACAAGGACGUGACGGUAUCGCGUCUGACUACUGUGCCGUCGGAUACGUCGAAGAACUUCCUGCUUUGGGGCAGACUGUCUGACUCGAAUGGAUUGGUGACUGUCAACAUCGACUUUAGCAAACUGCGCGAUCGGUCGUGCACCUUAGACGAAGCCUCGGGUGAGAGCAAGGACUUUUACUUGUGGCAGCCGAAACACCCUUCUCAGAAGGAAAACUGUCUCUUUGGGCAUGUCGAACAGUAUCACCGCAAGAAUCCUUCGGCGCAGUGCUGGAAUGACUGGUCUGAUCCGCACGUUCAUAGCAUUGCACACAACUGCUCGUGCACGCGAGAGGAUUACGAGUGUGACUACAACUACGAACGUAAAUCUGACGGAAGCUGCGAACUCGUCGACGGCCUCCCCAAGCCCGACGCAGUCCAAUACUGCCGCGACAACCCCGAUGCCGUGGAAUACUGGGAACCCACAGGCUACCGCCUCAUCCCUCUGACCACCUGCACCGGCGGCAGAGACCUGGUCCGCCUCGUCCCUCAGCCAUGCCCCAGCCACGAAGAAGAAUUCGAGCGCAAACACGGCGUCAGCGGGACCGUCAUCUUCUUCGCGAUCAUCGUCCCCAUCGCCAUCGCCGGCGCCGCGGGCUACUGGGUGUUUACGCGAUGGGAUGGCAAAUUCGGCCAGAUCCGGUUGGGCGAUGGCGGCGAUUCUGCGGCUGCGGUGUUUUUGUCGCGCGACUCCCCGCUCAUUUCGAUCCCUGUUACUAUCAUCGCUGGCAUUGUUGCCACCGUUAGAGUUCUCCCGCUGCUCGCGAUGAGUCUGUGGAGGAGUGUCAGUGGGUAUGUCCGAGUACCCGGCCGUGGACCACGGCCGUAUGCGACUCGCGGCGCGUUUGCGGCGCGCAGAGGCGACUAUACGAAUGUCGUGGAUGACGAGGAUGAGUUAUUGGGUAACGACGAUUUUGAGGAUGAGGAGGAGGCGUAG